AUGGACGCGCAGCGCAAAGGAGAUCCUAAACCCGCUACUGGAGAGUUCCACGACAAUCUGGCCAUUGCCUACUUGAGUAACAUUCCCACACGUAUUUCGAAUCCAGAUGUGGACGUCCCACGCCGGGCCAACGAGGCAUACUUCGCUGUAUGGGCGGACACCCAGUACGGCAGCGCGGCUGUCGACAUUCUCUACUCCCAGCUACCGGGUCUCCGAUACAAUUCGACGUUCCCAGAUGACGAGAUCCACAGCUUCGUGCGCGAGCGACUGACUAAAAAUACGGACCUCAACAACGCUUUUGCGUCAGGAUCGAUUACUGGCUGCACAAAGGAUAUGUUGGCGAUUGCAUUCCUGGCGUCGGUUGACUACCGUCUCAAAAUCAAAGACGCUCUAGUGCAGAUGGGGAGUAUCUUUUGGUCGAACCGUGGUCUUCCUGCCAACGUUGCACACGAGAUCCGUGACAUACUGGAAGAGGCGGACGAUGUUUUCGACAGCGAUUUCGGCAUCAAACGCCAUCUUCCUAGUGGUACACCAGAGUUCUUUCUCCAGCCUGAAUACGAAAAUAAAAUCUUAGCGCACCGGUAUUGUCUCGAGAUGUUCGCAUAUUUCAAGAUGCCAGAGUACAGGCCAAAGAACAAAGAAUGCUCGCCAUUGAUGGGAAGGUUGCCGACGGAGCUGAUGUCGAUGGUGGCACAGAACCUGCUCGUGUUUAAGGAACCUAUAAAGGUGAUCCGGAGGCCAAGGGUUUCCUAUCGUAAGACUGAAUAUUGCUUCAAGGUCUGUGAGCCCACUCACAUGUGCAGUCCCGCUGCCUUCCUCGUCAACACUCGCCUGCGCCCAGGCUGGAUCAUCUCCGCCCUAAAGACGUUUUUUGCGCUCUCCAAGACUUACCGAAAGAACUACUAUCUGGUGCGCGAGGUCUUCUUCAAACGCAACAAGAUCCUGUUGCAUUGCUUUUAUACAAGUAGUGGUCAUAGUUUCGGUAGCCAUGAGAUCAAACUGUGGCUGGAAGUUAUCGGUCGCGAGGCACGUCGGUCUCUAGGAAACUUUUCCAUCGAUCUUCACCUGAAAACCCGAAAUCAGGAUGGGCUGGAUCGUGAUGCUGUUCAUACCAUGAUCAAGCUGAUCGGUCAAAGCCCGCUCGCUUCUAGCACUGUCCUAUGCGUAGCAUACUCGAGACUAGCUGCGGCAUAA